UACCUACCUCUAGUGGACUUCAAAACUCACUGCAGGAACACCUCACAACCACUGCGCGUUUGUGACAACUUUACGGUUAAAACGCAACAUGACGAGCACCAAUCGGCUUCCAAGCAGGGGCGGAACCAGCUCGGAUAACGGACCCCAAAAAAAAAAUAGGAGGAGAAGAUGCUGCCUACCGAGCCAGAAACACACUAAACUUCAGUCUGGCUCCUCAUUUGGUCUCCAGGGAGUGAGAUGUCUCUGGCUCAGAGGGUUUUGUUGACCUGGGUCUUCACCCUGGUUUUCCUCAUCAUGCUGGUUCUCAAACUGGAUGGGAAGGUGCAGUGGAACUGGUUCAUCAUCUUCCUCCCUGUCUGGGUCUUUGAUGGCAUCCUCAUUCUCAUGCUUGCCAUCAAGAUGGCAGGCCGUUGCAAGCCUGGAUAUGACCCACGCAAUGGCUCUCCAGACCUGCGGCUGCGUAGCUGGUACCUGACAGCCAUGCUGCUCAAGCUCAGCUUCUGCCUGACUCUGUGCGCCAAGCUGGAAAGGCUGGCCGACGUGAAGCUGACAUUUGUGUGCAUACCACUGUGGACCAUGUUAAUGGGAGCGCUGGUGGAACUGGGGCUCAAUAUCUUUCCUGAAAGGAGAGAGGCUUAAGAGCAGUCUAAGACCUCAGUGUGAAUCACCGCACCCUCGACAAACCUAUGUAAGAACAUGACAGCAGAUGUUGGGAGUAGAUUUGUGUUCAUCUGGUCUAGGAGCUUAGCCUGAUUGUGUUUCCAGAGAAGAAUCAAAUCACCACCUCAGCCAUAAGUAUUCCUUCUAGGAACAAGAGACAUUGUGUAGGCAGACAACAGUUGGAAAUGCACAGAUUUCAGCAUAAAGUACUCAUAAAAUGUGGCCUGAUCUUCAUCACAGUCACAACUGCAGAAAAACACAAUCUGACUAAUCUAAUAAAGCACAAACAGGACUUUUCAUGGCUUUACUAAAGCCGAAAUAACUCGCAGUCCAGGCUGGAGAAUGAAGGUGAAUCUUGGAGAUAACGGCUUCUGCAAAAGUGGCUGAAAGCCUGGUGUUCAAAUUAAGGAAAUGAGAUGAGAGGCAUGGGCUGCAGAGCUCAAAAAAAAAAGCCUGGUUCUUGAUAAAAGUCUGCCCUUCUCAAGAAAAACUGGAAGGUGUGAACUGUGCUUUGAUUAUUAUGACUUUCACAGGAACUUAGAAGAAGCAUUUGGAUGUGCUGGAAAAAUCCUGAAUAUUCAUCAGUUUACAGUAAGACAAACUGUCUGCAAAUAGAGGAGAUUCAGGACUGCUGCUACCCUGUCCAGGAGGUGAAAAAGAAACCAACAAAACAUUUGCAAACAUCUGAAUGAAGUGUACCAAGGACUCUAGGAAGAAAAACACUGCAGUACAGCCAAAAUUUGCUAAAAAGAGUCUGAGCGCUCCACAGCAGAUAAGACAAAAGUCAGACUUUUGGGCAACAAUAAAUAAAAGCUCAUCCCAACAGGGAAUCAUGGUGGAGGCACCAUCGUGGUUUGGAGCUGCUUUGUUAUCAGGGCCUUGAGGUAGCAAAGCUUUGGGGUUGAGGGUUGUUCAAUCAUGCCAGUGCAGAAAAACUGAUGAACUGGCACAGUUUUGCAGGUGGGAAUGGUCUAAAAUUUAUCUUAGUUAUUGUAAAAGUCUCACAAGCAGCUACAGGAAGCUUCUGAUGGAGGUUGUUGGUGCUAAAGGAGGUGGGUUUAUGUAUUUUUUUCCAGCCUGGACUCUGAGUGAUUACUCAGUCUUUUUAAAUAAAUAUGUAUAUGCUGGUUCGGUCAGAGUGUAAUCGUAAAGUGUUUGCAAACCUUUCUUGCAGCUGUGAGUGUUCAGGUCUCAGCAGAAGAAGGUUGGGCUUCAGUGAAGCUGAGACUCCACUGACGUGCUAGUGAGUCGACCCUUUUCGUGUAAACACGGUCAAAAUAGCUCAAGGAUGGCCAUAUGGGAGCAGCUGUAUCUGUAAAAGUACUGUGAAGCCAACACUGGGGGGGAAAAAAACACACACACAUCCUCUAAUGCUUUGUCUUAUUACGGAUUCAAAAUGUCCAGUGCUGUUUCUCUGAAGUUUAUUUUUGCUGGAUGUAAGUGACCACAGCUGCACAGGCAGGAACUGAAUCUACUUCCUGUGUAACUAUCGCACUUGCUACCAAACUACAGUGUAAAUUUUUGUUAGAUAUUUUGUGGCUGCUUUAAACACUUGAUCUUCCCAUUCCAGAGCUGUGUUUUUAAUGAACUUUAAAAGACAGCAGCGUGUUUAGCUGCAAACACACAAAAGUGCAGGAUUUAAGAAGCAUUUGAUAUGCUGUUUUUUUUACAGGCUGCUCUCUCUGCCUUACACAAGUGUCCCAUUUAACUCAGUGAGCCCUGCAUUCAGACUAAAGUCCAAAACUCUGAUUACAAAUGAGGCUUUGUGUGUUUUGAAAAAAAAAUGUAUUUAAUUGCAGUCCUAGCCACCAGAGCACCAUAAGCUUUUGGUGUUUUCGUGUAAAUCUGAUCGCAGUUUCAUAUUAAUUAUGGUACGGCUGACUCUGUGCAUGGGCGAAAUGCAUUUAGUGCCAUUGGUUGUUUCUUUGUGUUACUUUGCACUGCAUUGAAGGGGAAAAAAUAAAUGCACACGUUUUGGAAAAUGCAUGCAAAUGUUGUAAUAAUA